UUUUACACUUUGGUUACAUUUAUGACAGGAACGGUAAUUACUCAUUACACAAGAUUCAUCAGUUCUCAAGUUUGGUGUCACACACAGUCAUGGACAACUUUGUAUCUCCAGUUCACCUCACUUGCAUGUCUUUGGACUGUGGGAGGAAACCGGAACACCCAGAGGAAACCCACGUGCACACGGGGAGAACAUGCAAACGCCACACAGAAAGGACCCAGACCAUUUCACCUGGGAAUCAAACCCAGGACCAUCUUGCUGUGAGGCGACAGCGCUACCCACCACACAAUGACAAUGAAGGAAUCCUGAAGAAUCCUGUGAAAGAGGAGGAAGUUUUAGGUGGAGAAACAGAAAGCUGCAUGGACCGAGAGAAUGGAGGAUUCCUGAUGAAGCCUGUAAAAAAGGAGGACCCUGGAACUGAAGAUUACUUAUACUGUCAGGAAUGCAAAUCCUUCUUCAUCGACAAAUGUGAGCUUCACGGUCCGGCUCUCUUCAUUCCUGAUACUCCUGUUUCCAUGGGGGUCGCUGAUCGAGCCAGACAAACCCGUCCAUCCAGUCUAGGGGUUCAGGAGUCCAGUAUCCCUAAUGCAGGUCUGGGAGUGUUUAAUAAAGGAGAGACUGUUCCAAAUGAAAUGGAGAACUUCCUUUCAGAAAACUCCAUGUCUUCACUUUCCAAUACAUGUCAGAUUGACCUUCACAAACACGUUAGGUUAGAACACCAUGAGGAAUUUAAGAGACUGCUGAAUUCAGGAGACAUUAAGAAUGAGACUGUGAUUCCUACAAGAAGCAAAACCUCCUCUAACAGAUCAGCAGAAGUUGAAGUUCAACACUGCUUUGAAUGUGGAAAGAGUUUUGGUCAGCUGAGUAAUCUAAAAAUACACCAGCGCAUUCAUAGUGGAGAAAAGCCCUAUCUGUGUUCACAGUGUGGAAAAAGCUUUACUCAACAAAGUCACCUACAAUCGCACCAGCGCAUUCACACCGGAGAGAAACCGUAUCACUGCUCCCAAUGUGGGAGGAGUUUUAAUCACCGGAGUUCUCUCCAACUACACCAGCGCAUUCACACUGGAGAAAAGCCUUACCAGUGCUUCCAGUGUGGCCUGAGCUAUACUAAACAGAGUCAUCUGGACCGACACCAGCGCAUUCACACUGGAGAUAAACCCUAUCAGUGCUUACACUGUGGGAAGGGUUUUACUCAACAGGCUAAUCUUCAGCGACACCAGCGCAUUCACACGGGAGAGAAACCAUACGACUGCUCACAGUGCGGGAAGAGGUUUACUCACCAGAGUACUCUCCAACUACACCAGAGAAUUCAUUCUGGAGAGAAACCGUAUUACUGCUCCCAAUGUGGAAAGAGCUUUACUCAUUACAGUAAUCUUCAAUCACACCAGCGCAUUCACACUGGAGAAAAACCUUAUCACUGUUCCCAGUGUGGAAAACGUUUUUCACAACAGAGUAAUCUCAAAACACACCAGCGCAUUCACAAUGGAGUGUAGCUUUAUCUCGCUGUACUAUGUGCAUAAAGCUUUAUGAACAAAACCAUUGUAACCAUGCACAAGUUGAUUUCAGCAGUUAUGCUUCUAGAAUUGUGUCACAAAUAUGGACAAUCAGUAAACAGCACAUAAACUGGAGGUGUUUGACUUGGCUCCGCAAUCUAAAAUCAAUUAAUGUGUCAGUCCUUUUGAUUCAUUCCAUGUUUAUGCCUCUGUUCAUGUAGUGUCGCUAAAGAAAAUGACCACUUUAGCAUGUACUUGUAAUAUUAAAGUGUACAGAUGUGUUCCUGCCUUGACCUCAGUGUUUCAGGGCUUGACUCUGGACCCACCGUGACACGAAGCGGGAUUAGUUGUGUAUUAAAAAUAGAAAUAAAUCUACAUGCAAUGUCUGGGGUAACAACGAAGCACAAUUCAUUUUGUGUUUGUACCAUCAUACAUAUA